AAUGGUUCAUUUGUUGUCCUUUGACAUGGCUGUUUGUUUAUGAACCUAGAAGUUAGUAAAUUAUUAUCAAUGAUCUAGAAGUGUUAGAGACCAAAAAACGGUAACAAUGGCGUGCCCUGGAAGUGGCAUUUACGUGCUCCAAGGGGAGAUGAACACACUUCUCACAGCAUUGAGAAGGGUGAGGUGGUCAUCACAUUCGCACCAGGAGGAGGAGCAGGACGCGCUGACCCGCAGCUUCCUGGACCUCAAGGACGUGCUGAACCAGAUCGCAGACCUGCGCGAGCUGGACUCCAGCCAUUACCUGAGUCCGUUCCUGGAGGUGAUCCGCUCGGAGGAGACGACAGGCCCGGUGACGAGUCUCGCGCUGGCCGCCGUGCACAAGUUCCUGAGCUACGGCCUCAUCGCUCCGACCAGCAAGUGCGUCCCCACCACGGUGGAGAACAUAGCGGACGCGGUGACGCACGCCAGGUUCGUGGGCACGGACCAGGCCAGCGACGGAGUCGUGCUGCUCAAGAUCCUGCAGGUGCUGCGGCUGCUGGUGUCGUCCUCGGAGGGAGCCAUGCUGACCAACGAGAGUGUGUGCGAGAUCCUGCUGAGCUGCUUCAGGAUCUGCUUCGAGACGCGACUCAGCGAGCUGCUGCGUCGCGCGGCCGAGCAGUGUCUCAGGGAGAUGGUGCAGGUGCUGUUCUCUCGCCUGCCGCAGUUCCAGGAGGACACGCGGGCCGUCUCCUCCAUCAAGAAGCUGAAGAUGCGGCCGGGCGGCGUGGACGCGGGCAGGAGCGCCCGCAAGGGGCGUGCGUCGCUGCGCAGGGCGUCCCGGCCCGCCCCGGAGUCCCGGGAGCGCGACGAGGCCGCCGCGCCCGCCCCGCCAGCGGGGUCGAGCGGGGCAGAGCCCCCGGAGGACGGAGACCGCCCUGACGUCCAGACGGCGCCGGCUGCUACCAUACUGGACAUGCAGGGCAGCAUUCACCAGCCGGAGUCGCCUCCCCCAGAGAGCACGCCUACCAACGAGGAUCCCCCAGCUCUGGGGGCAGCGGUCGCGGCGGAGGCAGACAGGUCCUCCGAGCCGACCAGCCGCGCCGGCUCCGUGGAGGACGUGCACACGGCCGCAGACGAGAGCAAGGAGUACGUGAACCCCCAGGGCGUGCGCUUCGUCAACCAGGAGCUGCCCGUUUUGGAAUCGGGGCCCCAGCCGCUGGUCCCGUACGGUGUGCUGUGUGUUCGCGAGCUGCUGCGCUUCCUCGUCUCGCUGUGCAACCCGCUGGACAAGCAGAACACGGAGGCCAUGUUGCACAUGGGGCUGACGCUGCUCACGGUCGCCCUGGAGGUGGGCGCCGACAGUAUUGCCAACUACGCCUCGCUCAUGGCCCUCGUCACGGACAGCUUGUGUCGCAACGUCAUCUCCCUGCUGAGCUCGGACCGGCCGGCCAUCUUCGCCGCGGACCUGCAGGUGUCGUUCCUGCUGUUCGAGUCGCUGCGGACACACCUCAAGUUCCAGCUGGAGCUGUUCCUCACGCGCCUGGUCGACAUCGUGGUGUCUGACUCGCCCCGCGUCGGCUACGAGCAGCGGGAGAUCGCUCUGGAGUGCGUGGUGCAGCUGUGGAGGAUACCCGGGCUGGUGACGGAGCUGUACCUCAACUACGACUGCGACUUGUACUGCCCCAACCUGUUCGAGGACAUCACCAAGCUGCUGUCCAAGAAUGCGUUCCCAGUGGCUGGACUGUACAGCAUUCACCUUCUGUCGCUGGAUGCCCUGCUCACGAUCAUUGACGCCAUAGAGGCCCACUGUCACUGCCGCGUGCUGCAGCAAGACAGCAAGCCGAUGGGGGGCGUGCCGCCGGCGGAGAGUGCCGGGACUCGCCACGCGUUCCGCAGCGACCGCCAGAAGGUGUCGCAGAACAUCCCGUCACACGAGCAGCUCAUGGCCAUCAAGCGCAAGAAGAAGCUGCUGUCGACGGGCACGGAGCACUUCAACAGCAAGCCCAAGAAGGGCGUGCAGUUCCUGCAGGAGCAGGGGCUGCUGUCGGAGCCGCUGGACCCGGCCGAGGUGGCCGCCUUCCUGCGGGAGAACCCGCGCCUCGACAAGAAGAUGAUCGGCGAGUACAUCAGCAACCGCGCCAACCUGCACGUGCUCGACUGCUUCGUCAAGUCGUUUGACUUCACGGAGAUGCGCAUCGACGAGGCCCUGCGGCUGUACCUGGAGACGUUCCGGCUGCCGGGGGAGUCGCCCCUCAUCUCGCAGCUCAUGGAGCACUUCGCCGAGCACUGGCACAGGUGCAACGGAGAGCCGUUCGCGAACGCAGACGCGGCCUUCACGCUGGCGUACGCCAUCAUCAUGCUGAACGUGGACCAGCACAACCACAACGUGAAGCGCCAGAACACGCCCAUGACGGCGGAGGCCUUCAAGCGCAACCUCAAGAAGGUGAACGGGGGCGAGGACUUCGACCAGGAGAUGUUGGUCGAGAUCUACAACGCCAUCAAGUCGGAGGAGAUCGUGAUGCCGGCCGAGCAGACGGGCCUGGUGAAGGAGAACUACCUGUGGAAGGUGCUGCUGCGGCGAGGCAGCGGCAGGAGCGGGGUCUACAUCCACGCCCCCAACGGCCUGUUCGACCACGACCUGUUCUCGCUCGUCUGGGGGCCCACCGUCGCUGCCCUCAGCUUCGUGUUCGACAAGAGCAACCAGGUGCCCGUCUACCAGAAGGCCAUCUCUGGGUUCAGGAAGUGCGCCAUGAUCUCGGGGCACUACGGCAUGAGCAGCGACCUGGACAACCUGGUGAUCUCGCUGUGCAAGUUCACAACGCUGCUGAGCGGCGCGGAGGGCGCGGAGGCCCUGACCGUGUCGCUGGGGGGCAACGCCAAGGCGCAGCUGGCGGCGCGCACCGUGUUCGGGCUGGCGCUGCGGCACGGCGACAUCCUGCGCGACGGCUGGAGGAACGUGCUGGAGUGCGUGCUGGUGCUGUACCGCUGCAAGCUGCUGCCCAAGGCCCUCACCGAGGCGGAGGACUUCGUGGACAUGAGCGGGAAGAUCUCGCUGCAGCGGGAGGAGCUGCCCUCGCGGAAGGCGGAGCCCGGCCUGCUCAGCUCCUUGUACUCGUACAUCGCGCUGGGGGCGGCAGAGCCGUCGGCCCAGAAGCUGGUCUCGCCGGAGGACCAGGAGAGGGUGCAGCAGGCGCGCCAGUGCGUGCGAGACUGUCACCUGGAGCACCUGGUCACAGAGUCCAAGUUCCUGCGCCUCGACUCCCUGCAGGAGCUGGUCAAGGCUCUGAUGAUAGCGUCCCAGGGGCCAGAUGCCCACGCAUCCUCUGGACUCGUGUACGAUGAGGAUGCAGCCAUCUUCUUCCUGGAGCUACUGCUCAAGGUCAUCAUCCAGAAUAAGGACCGGGCGGGCCCGCUGUGGGCCGGAGUGCACGCCCACCUGUACGGGCUGCUGCUGGGCGCGGCGCCAGCGGAACAACACUUCCUGGUGGAGCGCGUCGUGGUGGGCCUGCUGCGUCUGGCCGUCCGGCUCGUGAGACGCGAGGACAUGAGCCCCGUGGUGCUGCAGUCGCUGCGCAUGCUGCUGCUGCUGCGGCAGGGCGCUCUGGCCCGCGUGUCCCACCAGGUGGCCUACGGCCUGUACGAGCUGCUGAAGACCAGCGCUGCCAACAUCCACUCCCAGGAGGGCUGGGCCGUCAUCUUCACCCUGCUGGAGUGUGUGGGAGCGGGCGCCCCCCCGCCGCGGCUGGUCAGCGAGGCCGGCUGCUCCCAGCAGCACGGGGCCAAGUCGGACGGCGAGCUGCAGCGGGAAUACGACAGUGGCUUGGGCAACGAGAGGGGCUACACGUCGGACUCGGAGCUGUCCAAAUCGGGCAUCAGGCAGCAGCACGCUGAUAGCAGUCUGUCGUCCAGCCCCGAGAUGUCCCCGCCUCUCGCAGGCUGCGGCUGGAUCCUGGUGGGGCGGGAGGGAGACAUCGCGCCGCUGCACCCCCGCGCCAGGCCGCUGCCCCAGGCCCCACAGGAGCUGCAGCCUCACAGCAUGGCUGCCCUGGUCAAGUGCUGCGAGAGCCUGGCCUUCCUGGUGCGCGACGUGGCCCACAUCACGCCCUACAACUUCGACCACUGCGUCCACUGCAUCCGCACCUUCGUGGACGCCACGCUCGUCACAGGCAAGCCCCGGGACCGGAGGGCGAAGGAGGCGAAGAUGCGCAGGAAGGGGCCCGCGCGACGCAGGGACGAAGGCGACGCGGCGCGCAAGAAGCAGCUGGCGACCAACCCGUACGACGCGGAUGAGAGCGACCCGGAGGAGGUGCCCAGUGGCUACCACCAGGUGUUUAAGCUGCUGCUGGACCUGAUGCACACGCUGCACACACGCACUGCGCACAUCUUCAGCUGGUGGCAGGAGGAGAUGGCAGGCACUGAGCCCGUGUCCCUGUGGGAGCACGGCUGGUGUCCGCUGCUGCAGGGUAUCGCACGCUUGUGCUGCGACGCUCGCAACGAGGUGCGAGUCAGCGCGCUCAUGUACCUGCAGAGGGCUCUGCUGGUGCACGACCUGCAGAUGUUGACUGCUGACGAGUGGGAGGCGUGCUUCAGCCAGGUGCUGUUCCCGCUGCUGUCCCAGCUGCUGGAGCCAGCCUGCGGCCAGGACCCGGCUGGCAUGGAGGAGACCCGCAUUCGAGCCGCCACGCUGCUGUCCAAGGUGUUCCUGCACCACCUGACGCCGCUGCUGUCGCUGCCCACCUUCACCGCUCUGUGGCUCACCAUCCUGGACUUCAUGGACAAGUACAUGCGAGUGGACAACAGCGACCUGCUGCUGGAGGCCAUCCCGGAGUCCCUGAAGAACAUCAUCCUGGUGAUGGACGCGGCGGAGGUGUUCUCGUGCGGGGACGGCGGCCAGUCGCAGCUCUGGACCAUCACCUGGGACCGUAUCGGCAGCUUCCUGCCCGACCUGCGGCAGGAGCUCUUCAAGUCGCGCCUCUCAGAUGCCAAGAAGCACGAAGCAGCGGGCAAGGACGGUGAUGGCGCGCGUGUUGCAGCGGAGGCCCGGGCCGAGGGGCUGGUCUCGGGAGAGCCGAGCGCGCCCCGAGCACCCGCUCAGCAGCCGGUCGUCUACCCUCACAUCGCACCCCAGCCAGCUGCUGCCAGCAUUAGUGUGCAGCCCUUGUACCUGCAUCCUGUCUCUGGGGAGGAGGCUCCGCCCCCCGGUGUGGUAAUCCCCGCCCACUACUUCAGCCAGGACCCCCCGGGCGCACAGCAGCACUUGUUCCCGGAGGCUGCGCCCGCACAGAGCGUGCUGCUUCUGGACCCGGGUGCCAGCGUCGCCGCGCUGCCCCUCCUGUCGCCGAGCUCCGAGCGCUGAGCGCCGACUCUUGGACCCGGUUCCGUCAACACUCUGGCGUAAUACACAAUAUCUAUGGUUCGACAGUGUUUUUAAUGUAUCAAACAUAGCGGUUCCAUAUUGCUAACUGGAAGGUGCUGUUCAUUCAGUGUCUUUAGCCUUUUAAAAAAAAUUCUUGAUUUUACUGCCAGAAAAGUAAAAAAAAAAAAAAAAAAUCGAUUAACCUUUUUGAAAGCCAUCUGUACAAACUUAAACGAAAAAAGGCUAGGCAAUACUGCAUUAUGAAUAUAUAAAAAGAUGAUUAAAAUGGUACAUGUUGGUAAAAUAAUGCCUACAUUGAAUGAAUAAACAUAAUAACACACUUCUUUUUAGGAACUUUCCGUAAGUGUUGCAGAUAUCAAGUUUUUUUUUAAUCUUCAGCCCCACCGAAAAAUAAAUGCAAAUUAUUCACUGGCGUACUCUUUGAAACUGUUUGUAAAUACUGGGAAUAUCAUGAAGAUCUUAAUUACAAUGACACUUGCUUGCAACUGGUAUUUAUUAUGUCCAUUGUAACUAGUUAUUCAUAUGCAUCUAAUCAGAAUAAUUUUGCCUAUUGUAUGGAUUUAUAUAUUAUAUAUAAGAAGCAAACUGUGACUAGUAUACAUACAGGAAAGAAACUCAUGCCAUUUUGUGUGAUUCAAUUUUAAACAAAUGCUAACAGAAAAAUGUUUACUUACCAGUUUCGAUGUACGCAGUAGAAAUUCAUGAGUUAAAACAAGAAAACCACAUUUUGAAAAAUUUUAUUUCAGUUUUUUAGAGUGACCCCUAACCUUGUAUGAAGAACUUUACAAACAAUUUUUUACCAUUUCCUUAACCUACUAACUUUGAUGUAUUUAUUUUUGAAAUACAAUAAACUUUUGCCUUUUAACACUGUCAAUACAGCAUUAUCAUCUAAUCAUUCUAAAAUUUAUAACUUUUAAACUGAAGUUAAUUUUUAUGUAUUUUAAAGUUGAUUAAUAAAUUUAGAUACAUUCAUGGAAACAAAGGCAACACUUAAACUGUUAAUGCUACCAGGGUAUGCCAACUACUGUAUUUGAAGUACCGUGUUUUAUCGCAUAAUCGUCACAUUCGCAUAAUUGUCACACUGUUAUUCUAGGCCAUCAAUAUUUGAAGAAUAAAAAAAAAAGUGGUAAAGUCAAUGAUGUUUUUGGUUUCGCUUUUAUAUUCCGAGCAUUUUGUGCAGGUAGUAAACAUGAUCUUGCCAAAUAUCACAGGACAAAGCACCAUGCAACAAUAAUCAUUUUUAAAGUUUCUGUCAGCUAUUGUGAUAGUUGUAAUGGGGAAGUACAGUAAUGACAGUGCAGUACACAGUUUUUCUAUCCAAUACAGCAAAUUUUUUUGGUCUCGUCUGUCGUCUGUAUCUCCAUGAAUGUGGACAGUAAUUUUUCCCCUGUAAAAUGUUGCCAUAAACUUAUAUUCCUGUAUAAAAUGACUUAUUUUGAAGUUGAAAUUCAUUAUCAUAGGAUAUUACUGCUUACUUCUUUAAUUAGAAGAAAUACAAAGAUGUCUGAUGUGUACAUUUUCUAGACUUUUCAAACGUUAUAGCCUUUAUCUGUUCGUCGCCGCUGUGUAGUGCACAUAAAAGUGUAUCCAGUGCUAGUUGACAUCAUUUGUGGUUGUUUACGUUGAUGCUCAUAUAGAGUGCGGGCACGUAGUCGAAUAUCAAUAUUGAUAGCUUGCCGAUUGCAUGCUUUUUUUUAUACGUACAUUCCAUGCAAUAUGUUUUGUUUAUAUGAAAAACUUUACAUAAGAAAAAAAUACUUUUCUCGCAUUAAAGUCGUACCCCUACUUUUCAAACUUAAUUUCAGCAUAAAAUGUGCAAUGAUUAUGCUAUAAAACGGGUAAUUCAGAUGUACUUAUAGUUCAAAAGUAGAUGAAUAAUUUACAAACAUACUUUGACUGUUGUAAGUAAUGCUAGCCUAAAUUGUUAUUUGGUCAUGAUUAGGUAAAUAAAUUUUUUCGCUAAUACAGUAGAACCCUGUUAUAAUGUUUUUCAAGGGAGCACAAGAAAAAAACAUUAUAAGCAGGAAAACGUUAUAAGCAGGAAAUCUCAAUUUAGCACUUAACAAUGUUCGAGCUUUGUACCAAUGGACUCACCAAGCUAUGUAAACAACUUUAAUGUUAAAACCAAAGAUAGUAUACUUGAUACAUGAAUUUUCUGAAACAAGCCAACAAUUUUUCAACUUUGUCUUGUUCCCUGGUUAAAUUUUGUUUGUCUUUAAAGAUACACUGCCACAUUUUUUGUAAAAUUGUCUCACAAUUCAUGAUGACAACAUUAGGAGUGAGAACGUCUACUCCUUCGCCACCUGAAAAUGUUUAAUUUUGGGAUUCCUACGUAUGAAUGAAAAAAAAAUUAUUUGUAAGCAAUGAAAAACAUUUUUAGUUAUGCCCUCGCUCAAUGGUUGGCAACUUAAAUAUCGCAGGACUAUGUACGUGCAUCUGAAUACCCACUGGAAUGGCAAGGAAGAGAAGAGUUGACUAAGGGUGCCAACUGACACGUAACUAUGAACAUUGUGUACCUUCAGUAUAUUGCAUAAAAUUGUAUUUUAACAAACUUCAUGUAUUGUAUGGCAGUGAUUGUAAACAUAAACAUACAUAAAGGAAACUUUUUAUCUUAAGUGUUGGAAUGAUUUGGUUUUAAAACAUUUUUUCCCCAUUUAUUGAAUGUUAGAAAGAAAACAUUAUAAGCAGGAAAUUACACUAUUUAUGAACGUUAUAUGCAGGAAAUAAAUACAUUGUCCUUAUGGGGGAAAUAUUGGGACUUUAAAAAUAUGACAUUAUAAGCAGGAAAACAUUAUAUGCAGGAACAUUAUAACAGGGUUCUACUGUAAUUGUUUACUAUUUUGCAAAGUGCAAAUGACCAAUUUUUUUUAAGUUCAUAAAUUGUCACUCCUUGGCAUAAACAUCAGGUUGCUGAUGCUGAAUAUCACUGUAAACUGUAUUAUGAAUGUUUUUAAUUUUUUUUGUUUCAAAUUUUAAAAAAAUACAGUAAUUACUUUUAUUAUGUAUAAUAAAGUGAUAUUUAUUUACAUCAAUCAUUUUUAUGCCAUUAUUCAUUGAAGCUACAAGAAUUCAGCUCAGUGAUUCCUUUGAAAAGAAUUAUUGGUGUCAACUUAAACUAAAAAUGGCAUGCUUCGAUUUGACUUUGAGUUUUUUGAAGUUUGGAACACCUUUUAUGCUAAAUAUAUUUUGUUCAUAAAUUUGGGUGUGAUGCACCAUAGUAGAAAUUGUGUUUCUGAUCCACAUACAUUCUGUCUUCUAAGUUCCCAUGCAUUCCUGUUGUGUUCUUUACCAUCACUGUCAGUUUUCCCAUAUUCAUUUCAUUUACUUAACAGUCAUGUGUUUAUACAUUCAUUUUAACAGUUUAUAUAUCACAUAUCUCUAAUCACUUCAUACCUUUGUCUAAGAUUCUGGUAAGUGCGGAUUUUGUUUCCGAGACACUUGGUUUCUAUCUGUUUUGUACAUGUUAAAUAAAUACUUUUUUUGAAAAUACUGUAAACUCUCAAUUAUCCAUGUUAAUUGGAACCAACCAAUUUCCUGAUAACUGUAAUUCCAUAAAAAGCUGAGUAAUCCAUUUUACCACUUAAAAAUGAAGGUAGCCCCUGCAAAUGGGUGGCAUCUAUAUUCUGGGCAUAAAAAUAUAACAUUUUAGUUAAGGGUUGCCCUCGGAUAUGGAUCGUACUGUAUAUUGGUUGUCAGUAGUCAGUAGACUGUGAAUGCGAAUGAAGACUUAGUAAACAGGGUUUCAGCUUAUUGGAAUGUAAACAAUACGGCACUGUGUCGUACUUCGUUGCUGCGGGAGGGAAGGGGUGGCAGUUGCCCAAUCCCCCCCCCCCCCCCCCUUCUUCUACAAGACCGAGGAGGUUUGCAGGCUCUCGGGCUUGCAAUCACAGGCACGGCACACUUCUACUUCUGUCUAAAGUACUGUUUAAUUUUUCUACCCUUAGGCAGCUUGUUAGUCUAUGUCAGUUCCUUGUAUAAAACCUAUAAAACUAGCACGUACAUUACAGUCAACGAGAAACCUGGGCUGGCUGUAAGAAUAUAAACUCGCUCUUCAUAACAUCAAUUCUUAGAGGCGUGCUUUCCACAGACUAAACACACAAAAGUUUGAUGGACGCUGCAAUAUGUGUUCAACUUUCAGACUGAUGGUUGCAUGUUCAUUAUGAGAAUUGCAAUUAAAAGGGUGGGAAAUAAAUAUAAAGUUAAAACUAUAUUGUUGAGGCACAGUUUUCGUCAGGGACAAGUUGAUAUUGCUUGCAUGUACGUCGCUAGUUCGCAGGCAGUUACAACGGCCGUAGAGAGAAAGCUAACUCACCCCUGCUCAGGACAUGAUCGCCCACGCUAAUUCUGGCUGGUUUAUGUUAUAUUUCCCCAGUGUCCCUUGCUCCAGCUGAGCACCUGUGUGGUAGACAGCGACAUAGGUACUCCCCGGGCGGACCCGUGAAGCAGCAGUCGGGUUUAAAGUGUGACAAGUGUUGCAUCAGAGGGAUGGGAGACCCAAAUGGUUUAAUUUAACAGCUUUCUGACACAUUGAUAGGGUGGUUAACAGUUUUGUUUGCCGGAGCAGUGAAAUUUUUUGACGUGAUAACGUCAUAGAAAUCUAUGAAUGCCGGCUGCACGCACGAAAAAGCAUGACUAAUUGUCACGUUCCGCCUGAGCAGAGCGUGCAAGAACAGGCCAACCACCGUGCGAGAAAUCUUCUAUAAUAUCAAACAGGUUAAAGCAGGCUUUUUAAAAGCAGCAAUUUAAAAAAUUUUUAUAUGACGUUAUCACGUAAAAUUAUUGUCUGAAACCGACUUUACAGACAACCCUUUUUUUUUAACAGUUUUAUAAUGCAAGAAACUGAUAAUUAAACCCCAAAAACAUUAUAGCCCGGGCCCAUAUCAUUGAGAGUUUACGGUACAUAACUGUGAUAAUUUCUUGAAGCUUUUUAGUUUUUUUUUUAUAUUUUGUUUUGCAAAUGGUUGUGGAUGAAAACUUUGUGUGUUUUAAACACUGUUUGAAAUGGAAAUUAUUAAAAUUAUUGGUAAUGUGUUAGAAUUAAUUAGGUUUUAUUUUGUUUUUUAUUGUUGUUAUUACGAUGUAUAUGUGUAAAGGGGAAAUUGGGGUAGGUUGUAUAGAUGUACAUACCAAAGGGAACAAGUCUGUGUGAUCAUGUGGAAGGUUAACUGUGUUCCAUUGUGUGUGGAAGCUGUUGGCUGGCUGGAUGUUUAUAAAUACUUAAACUGUUGUGUUCUGUACCAAAUAAAUUGUGGCUGUAAUUUUUGUACAUAAACAUAAUGAGUACUUAUUGGGAAGAUAACCUUGCAUUAAGU